CACGUGGCCUCGGUUUUCGCGCGAAACCGCCUUCUGUUGUUGGGACGGGAGACAUCUGCACGCGGCCGUGUGCUCCUCUCUUCCUUCCAUAAGCGGGUUAUUUCUUCGGAUCUUUGAGCAGUUCGGCUACAGAACAGUAUGGAUGUUGCUACAGCGACCGCGGAGCAUGCCGGGACGAUCGUGAAGGACGAGCUGGCGGAGAAAUGCCAGAAGUUAUUCCAGGCUUUUCUAGAGGAAUUCCAGACCGGGGAUGGAGAGGUGAAGUAUCUCCGUGAGGGGGAAGAGCUGAUUCGGCCUGAGAGGAACACUCUGCUGGUGAGCUUCGGUGACCUGGAGGGCUUCAACCAGGAGCUGGCCACCACCAUCCAGGAGGAGUACUACAGGGUGUAUCCAUACCUGUGUAGAGCAGUGCGCAACUUUGCCCGCGAUCAUGGGAACGUCCCCCUAAAUAAAGAGUUUUACGUAGCCAUCGAGGAUCUGCCGACAAGACACAAGAUCCGGGAGCUGUCCUCCAUGCGGAUCGGCACCCUGGUUAAGAUCAGUGGUCAGGUGGUGAGGACCCACCCCGUCCACCCCGAGCUGGUGAGCGGCACCUUCGUGUGCAUGGACUGCCAGAUGGUGAUCAAAGAUGUCCCGCAGCAGUUCAAGUACUCGCCCCCGACCAUCUGCAGAAACCCCGUCUGCAACAACCGCUCCCGCUUCCACCUGGACACGCACAAGUCCAAGUUCAUCGACUUUCAGAAGGUGCGCAUCCAGGAGACGCAGGCGGAGCUGCCCCGGGGUUCCAUCCCGCGGUCGCUGGAGAUCGUCCUGAGGGCGGAGGCCGUGGAGACGGCUCAGGCCGGAGACCGCUGCGACUUCACCGGGACACUCAUCGUGGUGCCGGACGUCUCUCAGCUCAGCACUCCUGGCUUGCGAGCAGAAACCAGUUCUCGUGUGGGCGGAGGGCGCCAGGGCUAUGAGGCGGAGGGCCUGAGGGGGCUGAAGGCUCUGGGGGUCAGGGAGUUGUCGUACCGACUGGCUUUUCUGGCCUGCAGCGUCGCACCGACCAACCCAAGAUUCGGCGGGAAGGAGCUGCGCGACGAAGAACAGACGGCUGAAAGCAUCAAGAGUCGGAUGACGGAGAAGGAAUGGGAGAAGGUGUUUGAAAUGAGCCAGGACAAGAAUCUGUACCACAACCUGUGCACCAGCCUCUUCCCCACCAUCCACGGAAACGACGAGGUAAAGCGCGGCAUCCUGCUGAUGCUGUUUGGUGGCGUUCCCAAGACGACGAUGGAGGGGACCUCCCUGAGAGGAGACAUCAACGUCUGCAUCGUCGGAGACCCGAGUACCGCCAAAAGCCAGUUCCUGAAGCACGUGGAGGAGUUCUCUCCCAGAGCGGUGUACACCAGCGGGAAGGCCAGCAGCGCCGCCGGUCUGACGGCAGCUGUCGUCCGAGACGAAGAGUCGCACGAGUUCGUCAUCGAGGCGGGAGCUCUGAUGCUUGCGGACAAUGGGGUGUGCUGCAUUGAUGAGUUCGACAAGAUGGACAUCAAAGACCAGGUGGCCAUCCACGAGGCCAUGGAGCAGCAGACCAUCAGCAUCACCAAAGCCGGAGUGAAGGCGACCCUGAACGCUCGCACGUCCAUCCUGGCAGCGGCCAACCCCGUCGGCGGCCGCUACGACCGCAGCAAGAGCCUGAAGCAGAACGUCAACCUGUCCGCCCCCAUCAUGAGCCGCUUCGACCUCUUCUUCAUCCUGGUGGACGACUGCAACGAGGUCACGGAUUACGCAAUCGCUCGGCGAAUCGUGGACCUGCACUCCCGCGUGGAGGAGUCCGUGGACAGACUUUACUGUCUGGACGAGAUUCAAAGAUACCUGCUUUUUGCCAGACAGUUCAAACCAAAGAUCUCUAAAGAGUCUGAGGAGUUCAUCGUGGAGCAGUACAAGCGCCUCCGCCAGCGGGACAGCUCGGGGAGCAUCUCCAAGUCUGCCUGGAGGAUAACGGUGCGGCAGCUGGAGAGCAUGAUUCGCCUCUCUGAAGGAAUGGCGCGCAUGCACUGCUGCGAUGAGGUGCAGCCCAAACACGUGAAGGAAGCCUUCCGCCUUCUCAACAAGUCCAUCAUCCGAGUGGAGACUCCUGAUAUCAACCUGGAGCAGGAGGACGAAGUGGAGGAGGAGGAGCAGCAGCAGGAGGAAGGCAACAAUGUUCCAAAUGGAAUAAACGGUCAUGCUGAGGGUAUAAACGGUCACGUCAAUGGCCACGUGGAGGAUAUGAACGGCCACGCGGAGCCCAGCAGUCAGUCCAAGCCGUCCCUCCGCCUGUCGUUCUCAGAGUACAAACGCAUCUCCAACCUGCUGGUGCUUCACCUGCGCAGAGUGGAGGAGGCUGAGGAAGAGGAGGAGCUGAAGAAAAACGCCGUGGUGAACUGGUAUCUGAAGGAGAUCGAGUCAGAGAUCGACUCAGAGGAGGAGCUGAUCAAUAAGAAGGGCCUGAUAGAGAAGGUCAUCCACAGGCUGGUGCAUUACGACCAUAUCCUUAUCGAGCUGUCCCAGGCAGGACUGAAGGGCUCAGAGUCUGGGAGCACAGAGGAAGAGGAAGUUGUUCUGGUUGUCAACCCCAACUACACCCUGGAGGACUAAACUGCCCCUACUGUCUGCAUCAGCAACCAUCCGUGAUGCUUCAUGCAUUGCAGGCCUCUAAAAGGCUGUUAGAUUUUUUUUUCCUUCUCUUUUGAGUUUAAAGUUUAAAUUGUAAAUAUGUUUCAGCUGCUUUUUCUAGCCCACUGACUUCUGUGUAACCUAAACUUGAAAGCUUUUCAUAAUGUGCAUAUUCAAUACAAAAACACAUAAAAAACGUUUAAAGUUGUUAUUUGUGU